GAUAAGAGUUAAUUUCAUCAUUUCCACGUUAGUUUUCUGUUAUUUAAUUAGAGAAUGUCAUUACUGCGAGAAUACAACAGUAGACCUCAAAUCCCAACGUCUUGCGAGAUUAUGGAGGAUUUUCAAUUAGCUAAAGACAAUGAUUUUGUUGAUCCAAUGUUUGUGAUUGAAAACAAAGAACUUAGAGAAUCACUUCAAGAAUAUGAUGGGCAAGUGCAAGAAUGCAACAAAGAUCAAAUACAGAAUCAUGACCAAAGAAGACAGGAAGAAGUUCAAGAUGUAAACAAUACUUGUGCUAAGGUUUCUCAUUUUUUACAACAAAAUAAAAAUCUGAAGCAGUCCACUUUAAAGAUAAACAAACUAGCCAAAGAACUUCAAAUUAAAAAAGAUAACUUAACAACCUUGAUAUCAAGUCUAAACAAAAACCUACAAGAAAAAGAAACAUCUUGAAAUGAAGCUUAUCAGUCAACUAUUGAUAUUCUAACAUAUAAAUAUCAUUCUUCCAUUGGGGCUAUAAAGCACAAUUUUUUAGUGGGGGAGGGGUCUGAAAUGACCUAUGAAUUUCUCCUGGCCCUUUCCCCCGGUACUAGCCCCCCAACUCUGUCAAGAUUAAAAAUCCCUGUGACAACAUCAAUGACUCUUCUCUGUGAUAGUAAUCACUAAAGUUUACCUUAAUUAGCUCAAUGAAUGUCAUGUUCCUGUUUCACUCAUGGAUCACCCCACAAAGCCUGUUUUGCAUUCAAAAUUGCCUUCUCUGCUUCUUCAUUUAGACUUCUGCAUUCCGUUAAUAAAUCUAAAUUGAAUUCAUACUUAACAUUUCAUGGUAAAUAAAUACUUGAAGAAAGAGUCUGCUACGUAAAUUAUAUAUAAUAUUUUAUCAGGUCAUUUUGUGUGGGAAGCAAAAUUGGAUUAACAUUGGUCACGGAACAUUGAGAUAAUAAAAAAGAUAAUGUUUAUUAAUAAAAAGGAAUAUCUUAAUAUAAGUGUAAUGACUCACCAUUGAAUUGUUGUUCAGAUGUCCAAGCCACUUUCUGUGCUGUUUUCACCGACAAUAUGGCUAUAAAUUCCAAGAAAAAUUAAAUGUUUACCGAAGACAUUCAAUAAAUUAUCAGGAUGAAUGAAAA